UCACGUGAUCCCCCUCAAAGAUGGCCGCCCUGUUGUUUUGAUGAAUAAUACUUGGUGGGGCGAGGGGGUAAGAGUCGGCUUGGAGGGGUAGGAGGACCGAGGCCCGCAGCGAGCGCUUCGCCAGGCCCUCCGCUCCCCUCCCCCCUGCCGGGGUUCCUGCGUGGAGGCGGGGCGAGCCGGGCCUGCUUCUGGAGGGGAGGGGCUUCCCGGGACGGCGCUGGGCUCCGCCGGGGGCUGCUGGAGGGGUCGCCGCGCCUCGGGGAGCUUCCAGGGUGCAGAGCAGCCGUUCCCGCCGGGGGCCAGGGGCGGGACCCGGAGCGGGGUCUGCGGGAGAGCCACGCGGCCGCCGCGUCACCGCCACGAAGACACGGCGCGCGGCGGGGCCCGAGCCGAGCUGGGUAACCUGGGGAGCUAGGGGAGUCGGCGGCGCCCGGAGAGGACCCCGGAGCAGCGGCCGCGGCCCGAGGAGGAGGCGGCGGAGGAGGAGGCGGCGGCGGCGGCUCGGGGCGCUUGCAGCUGGAGGAGGCUGGGGCGAUCCGCGCGGCCGCAGCCCAGGCGAUCCGGUGCCUCGUGUUCUCAGUGUUUCACCUCUGACUAUGCAAUUCUGAAACCUCCCCCACCGGGGGCCCAGGCAGCCCGCUAGAAACCUUCCAGCCUGCUUCGCUCCCGCCCCGGCCUCAAGAACUGAGGAUCUCUCUUCCCUAACGCCCUUCACCAUUAAGAGGAAAGCGAUGGAGGAGCUGAGCGCUGACGAGAUUCGCAGGAGGCGCCUGGCACGACUUGCUGGUGGACAGACCUCCCAACCAACCACCCCACUUACGUCUCCCCAGAGGGAGAACCCUCCGGGACCUCCGAUACCUGCAUCAGCCCCAGGCCCCUCCCAGAGCCUUGGUCUCAAUGUCCACAACAUGACCCCAGCUACCUCCCCCAUAGGUGCAGCAGGAGUUGCCCAUCGGAGCCAGAGCAGCGAAGGAGUCAGCUCUCUCAGCAGCUCGCCGUCCAACAGCCUUGAGACACAGUCUCAGUCCCUCUCCCGUUCCCAGAGCAUGGAUAUCGAUGGUGUCUCCUGUGAGAAAAGCAUGUCCCAGGUGGACGUGGAUUCGGGAAUUGAAAAUAUGGAAGUGGAUGAGAACGACCGAAGAGAGAAAAGGAGCCUGAGUGACAAGGAGCCUUCUUCAGGUCCUGAAGUGUCUGAAGAGCAGGCCUUACAGCUGGUCUGUAAGAUCUUCCGUGUCUCCUGGAAGGACCGGGACAGAGACGUCAUCUUCCUUUCUUCUCUUUCUGCACAGUUUAAAGAGAACCCAAAAGAAGCAGUGUUCUCUGAUUUUAAGGAUCUGAUUGGUCAGAUUCUCAUGGAAGUGCUGAUGAUGUCCACUCAGACGCGAGAUGAAAACCCAUUUGCGAGUCUGACGGCCACGUCCCAGCCCAUUGCCACGGCAGCUCGCUCACCUGACAGAAGUCUCGCGCUGAACCCCGGCUCCAGUUCAGGAACAAGCCCCAUGUUCUGCAACUUGGGCUCCUUCAGUGCCGGCUCGUUGUCUAGCCUUUAUGACACUAGCCCUGCUCCUUCUGCCAGGUUCUGGAGCUUUGUGCCCGUGCUGAAUCCAUCCUUUGCCUCACCUUCCCACGCAGCUCCCCAGGGGGCUGUGUCCUCAGCCCUCAGCCCUCAGAGUACAGCCCCCCAGCGGGCUGUGUCCUCAGCCCUCAGCCCUCACAGCGCUGCCCCCCAGUGGGCUGUGCCUUCCACAUCCCUCAGCCCUCACAGCGCAGUCUCCGAGCAGGCUGUGUCCUCAGCACUCAGCCCUCACAGUGCAGUCCCCGAGUGGACUGUGCCUUCUACAGCCCCUCAGGUCAUUGUACCUUCCACAUCCCUCAGCCCUUACACUGUAGCUUCUGGAGCUGUGGCUGGAAGCCAGCCCACAUCCCCAAGGUAUAGGCCCUAUACUGUCACACACCCAUGGGGGUCUUCGACUUGCCCCACCCCACGGUCCUCCAUUCUGGCUAACUCCCCAGGCUUCCCUGCCCGCCCAAGUAGUCCCCGAGCAGUACCUGCCAGCUCCUCCAGACAGAGGCCCCGCAGCAGGGGCCCCGCCUUCCCACCCGCCUCGCCCAGUGCUGCCAGCAGACGUCCCUCCUCCCUGCGGAUCUCUCCUAGUUUGGGAGCCUCUGGCGGAGCAAGUAACUGGGAUUCAUACAGUGAUCAUUUCACCAUUGAACCCUGCAAGGAGACAGACAUGCUGAACUACCUCAUCGAGUGCUUUGACCGAGUUGGAAUAGAAGAAAAAAAAGCACCAAAGAUGUGCAGCCAGCCAGCCGUCAGCCAGCUUCUGAGCAACAUCCGUUCGCAGUGCAUCUCACACACCGCACUAGUGCUGCAAGGCUCCCUCACGCAGCCCAGGUCCUUGCAACAGCCUUCCUUCCUUGUGCCGUAUAUGCUGUGCAGGAAUCUCCCGUACGGCUUCAUUCAAGAACUGGUGAGGACCACUCACCAGGAUGAGGAGGUGUUCAAGCAGAUCUUUAUCCCUAUUUUACAAGGCCUGGCUCUUGCUGCCAAAGAGUGCUCCCUCGAUAGUGACUACUUCAAGUAUCCCCUCAUGGCACUAGGUGAGCUCUGUGAAACCAAGUUUGGGAAGACACAUCCUGUGUGCAGUUUGGUCGCCUCUUUGCCCCUGUGGCUGCCGAAGUCCUUAAGCCCUGGAUCCGGGCGGGAGCUGCAGAGACUGUCCUACCUAGGGGUCUUCUUCAGCUUCUCGGUCUUCGCGGAGGAUGACGCAAAGGUGGUUGAGAAGUACUUCUCGGGGCCCACCAUUACCCUGGAGAACACCCGAGUCGUCAGCCAGUCACUGCAGCACUACCUGGAGCUGGGACGGCAAGAGCUUUUCAAGAUUCUGCAUAGUAUUCUGUUGAACGGUGAAACUCGUGAAGCAGCUCUCAGUUACAUGGCAGCCGUCGUCAAUGCCAACAUGAAGAAAGCCCAAAUGCAGGCGGAUGAUCGGUUGGUGUCAACAGAUGGUUUUAUGCUGAAUCUCCUUUGGGUCCUGCAGCAACUCAGUACAAAAAUCAAGUUAGAAACAGUUGACCCCACUUACAUAUUCCACCCGAAAUGUCGGAUUACUCUCCCAAAUGAUGAGACACGGAUAAAUGCAACGAUGGAGGAUGUGAAUGGGUGGCUGGCUGAGCUCUAUGGAGAUCAGUCUCCGUUUUCUGAGCCAAAAUUCCCUACGGAGUGUUUCUUUCUGACCCUGCAUGCUCACCAUCUCUCUAUUCUGCCUAGCUGUCGUCGCUACAUCCGCAGACUCCGAGCCAUCCGAGAGCUCAAUCGAACCGUGGAAGAUUUGAAGAAUAAUGAAAGCCAGUGGAAAGACUCCCCACUGGCCACCAGACACCGAGAAAUGCUGAAACGCUGUAAAACUCAGCUUAAGAAACUGGUACGGUGCAAGGCCUGUGCUGACGCUGGCUUACUUGACGAGAGCUUCCUGAGAAGAUGUCUGAAUUUCUAUGGCCUUCUCAUUCAGCUGAUGCUGCGCGUCCUGGACCCUGCGUAUCCCGACGUAACACUGCCUUUAAAUUCAGAAGUCCCCAAGGCCUUUGCAGCAUUGCCUGAGUUUUAUGUAGAAGAUGUUGCUGAAUUUUUAUUUUUUAUUGUACAAUACUCUCCUCAGGUGCUUUAUGAGCCCUGCACUCAGGACAUUGUGAUGUUCCUCGUUGUGAUGCUGUGCAACCAGAGCUACAUCCGCAACCCGUACCUAGUGGCCAAGCUGGUGGAGGUCAUGUUUAUGACCAACCCCUCUGUCCAGCCUCGGACUCAGAAGUUUUUUGAGAUGAUUGAGAACCAUCCUCUCUCUACCAAGUUGCUGGUACCUUCCCUCAUGAAGUUCUAUACAGAUGUCGAGCAUACUGGAGCCACCAGUGAGUUCUAUGACAAGUUCACAAUUCGCUAUCACAUCAGCACUAUUUUUAAGAGCCUUUGGCAAAACAUUGCUCACCAUGGCACCUUCAUGGAGGAGUUCAAUUCUGGAAAGCAGUUUGUCCGCUACAUCAAUAUGCUGAUAAAUGACACGACCUUUUUGCUGGAUGAGAGUCUGGAGUCCCUGAAGCGCAUCCAUGAAGUGCAGGAAGAAAUGAAGAACAAAGAGCAGUGGGACCAGUUGCCGAGGGAUCAGCAGCAGGCCCGGCAGUCUCAGCUUUCUCAGGAUGAGCGUGUCUCACGCUCUUAUCUCGCCCUGGCAACGGAAACCGUGGACAUGUUCCAUCUCCUCACCAAGCAAGUCCAGAAGCCCUUCCUCCGGCCAGAACUUGGACCACGACUAGCAGCCAUGCUGAACUUUAACCUACAGCAGCUGUGUGGACCCAAGUGCCGAGAUCUGAAGGUCGAAAACCCUGAGAAGUACGGUUUUGAGCCAAAGAAGCUAUUGGACCAACUGACGGAUAUUUACCUGCAGCUGGACUGUGCUCGCUUUGCUAAAGCCAUCGCUGAUGACCAGAGAUCCUACAGCAAGGAACUGUUUGAAGAAGUCAUUUCAAAGAUGCGGAAGGCAGGAAUCAAAUCCACUAUUGCAAUAGAGAAAUUUAAGCUUCUUGCUGAGAAAGUGGAGGAAAUAGUGGCCAAGAAUGCACGGGCAGAAAUUGACUACAGCGAUGCCCCGGAUGAGUUUAGAGACCCUCUGAUGGACACCCUGAUGACUGACCCAGUGAGGCUGCCCUCUGGCACGGUAAUGGACCGCUCCAUCAUCCUGCGGCAUCUGCUGAACUCGCCCACUGACCCCUUCAACCGCCAGAUGUUGACUGAGAGCAUGCUUGAACCAGUGCCAGAGCUGAAGGAGCAGAUUCAGGCAUGGAUGAGAGAGAAGCAGAGCAGUGACCACUAAGCUGUCCCCCAUUGCACGUCUCUGCUAGAAACAGCCACGCCAGCCAGCCAGCCAGGCCGAAGCAGCAUCCAUCUCGAAUCUGCUGCUCAAACCUGCAACCAGAUGUGGCCAGAUCCCGAGAGCCCACCCCAAGUGACCAAACCGUAGAGAUCUGAGGGACACGAUGAGAAGAGGAGCCCGAAUGCUGUACAUAUAUUUAAGUGACAAACAGUCAAAAGCUUGAGGGACGAGUUUUACGAUUGCUUGUGUAGUAAAGCCGUCCUUCGCCUGUCACAUCCUGGGGCUGUGGCAACGCAAGUCUGUAGUGACGGCAGUGGGUCUGGGCAGCAUCCCCUGAGCUUUCGUUUCGUUUCGUUUUUUCGAUGUGACUAGAGAACUCGGACAUUUUGCUGCUAAAGAAUCUCCCCCUUCCUCACCCCUGCACUGCUGUGGGUUUUUUAAAGAGAAACAGAACCAGACUCCUUUCCCGGCCCUCCAAACAUGUAUUCUGUGAGAUAACUGUGCCUGCGACAAAGUGUUAAUCUUGGGAUCGUAUUUUUAUAUCAUAUUCACAUACUUGUUUUUUUAAUUGGUGUUAGAUGACAUGAUUAAUAAAAAAGGCAAGAUAUUUUCAGAAUUUGAAUUUCAGCUUUUUUUUUUCUUUUGAAAUAGCCCUUUGAAAUUUUUUUUUAUUAUAAAUACAAUGAAGAGAGCCCUGUUGCCUGGCCCUUCUACUGAGCCCUGGAUUAAGAUCUUGAAGACCAGGUGCAGCAACAGGACGGCUGAAGUGAUCGGGACUUGUGAGACUGACUGGUGGGUUUGGGGAGGUGAGGGCUGUGCUGUGUUUUUUGUUUUUUUGUUUUUUCAUCCUAUGUGAUAGUUCCAAAAACUAUACCAAUAUCCUCUGAGGGUAAAUAGAUUCCUCAACCUUGGGGUCAUUUGUAUGCUGUGUCCUUUUGGGGUUUGGCCUUACCAAAGUAAAAAAAAGGGGAAGGGGGGGGGGAGUACGAGAAAUGUGGAAAUCUGUCUACUUGUUUCCAUGCCUGGACAAAUGCCACCACACCCUUUGUAUUAGCGCUCCCUACGCAACAUACUUGAAUUCUUUGGAUUUCCUUUGGAGUAACAAAAAGGAUUUGAAACCAUAAAGUGUUUUAAGGAAAUGAAAUCUUUAGAAACAUACUUUCUUUUCUUCCCCUUUCUCCUCUUCUCCACAGACAAUGUGCUCUGUUCAGUUCCCAACACAAACUCCAAUAAACGGUGAUGCCCAUUCGGAA